AUGGCUAGUGACAAAACGUCCUGGGAUUACCUGCCUCCCGAGAUUCGGAACGAGAUUGUUCAUCUCCUGCCAAUACUCGGCGGCAAGUGCAGUCAGCUCGCGACCGUUUGCAAAGCUUGGCAAUCAAUCAUCGAGCCGCUCAACUUUGCCGAGAUCACCCUGACGGUACCGCGCCUUACCGAACUCGAUUCCCGAGCUGUUCUCUUUCGAAAGAGACACCAAAUUCGUUACAUCUGUUUUCAUGUGGAGUUGGACUUCGACCACAGAUUCAGUGCACUCACUGACCAGGACCCUUGGACGUCGCACGACCCCGACGAUGAAUUCAUGGCGGAUGCGUUUGAAAGACUGUUCACGACGCUGAACAAAUGGGAGCCUUGCGGUGACUUGACUCUCGAUAUAAGUGUCUACUUCCCCGGUGACAUCCAGCACUGGUUCAAGCACUUUAGAUUCUGCCCGGACACCAGCCUAGCGGAGUGCCCGUCUCGCCACGGACAAGAACAAGGAACCACCCUGCAUGACGCGGUCCAUGGCUGGGUUGCCGAAACCUUCGAUGGGCCUUGUCCAGAACGAUGGUGGCCGACCCCGGAAGUAAGCCAGAAACUUGCCCGCGCCAGUCUGUUCCUUACGAGGCUAUCCGGCUCUUUCAUGGCCGACGCCGGUCACUUCUCUGCUGCGCAUCGGGAUCUAUGGACGUGGACGCAUCUCACUCCAUUUUGGUAG